UCAAUUAAUCCAAACAUACCCGGUAGGUGAUUGAGAUUGAGAGGGAGGCAGCAGAGCAGAGCAGGCGAUGAUGAAACUGUUCGACGCACACUGUCAUCUGCAGGACCCAAGAAUCCUAAGCAAAGCACAUCAACUCAUCAAAACUGCCCAAGACAAAGGGGUUGCCCGCUUCGCCGUGAACGGAGUUUGCGAACAAGAUUGGCACUUGGUGAAAAACUUGGCUGAGACCUACCCUUGUGUCAUUCCUUGCUUUGGUCUCCAUCCCUGGUAUGUUGCUGAGAGGAGUCCCGAUUGGUUUAAGACGUUGAAAGAUUAUUUCGAUUCUACUCCCUCUGCUGCAGUUGGAGAGAUUGGCGUUGACAAAGGAUCACAAGGAAGGAAGAUUGAUUUUUCUGAGCAGGUUGAAGUAUUGACACAGCAGCUUGAACUUGCGAAAGAGUUAAACAAACCAGCAUCUAUACACUGUGUUCGUGCUUUUGGUGACCUUCUUGAGUUAAUGAAGUCUGUAGGACCUUUUCCUGCUGGUGUUAUUCUUCAUUCUUACCUAGGUUCUGCUGAGAUGGUUCCUGAAUUUUCCAAGCUUGGUGCUUAUUUUUCUUUCUCUGGAUUUCUUAUGUCACUAAAAGCUAAUAAGGCAAAGAAAAUGCUGAAGAUGGUCCCUUCUGAUAGGAUUUUAUUGGAGACUGAUGCACCUGAUGCACUACCGAAGUCAAACAUAGAUUCUCUUCUUUUCGUUGAAGGAGAUGCAUCUCUUUCUGAAGAGUUUCAAGCCCAGAGAACAACUUCAUCCUCGACUUCUGCUUCUUCUUCCAAUAAUGCAUCCCAUGUCUUAAAAGAUGUUUCCAUGUUGCCAAAGGAAACACUCAAUCAUCCAGCAAACAUUCGAAAUGUACUUGAUUAUGUUGCAUCUAUGCUAGAGAUUACAAAAGAAGAACUUGCUGAACUUAGUUACCAGAAUGCAGUUCGCUUAUUCUCCUAUGAGGGUUCGAAAAUACUUCAAAAGUAAAGCAAAUUACAGGUUCUUGGAAGAAAUGAUUCCUAUAUUAGCAAAAGAUCAUUUGGGGAUGUCCCCACUAGAAUGUCAUAAAAAAUACAAGCAGGUAGAAUGUAACAAAAGUUAAUUAGCGUGCGUGUGAUGCAUGGUAGUUUGUUUGCAUACCAAAUUUGAUUGCAUUCAAUGUUUAUAAAUUAAAGAUCAGGUGCCUAAAUCAUUUUACUGUUUCUGAAUGUAAAGCUACAAGUACCAACUAUAUGACUACAGCAGGGAGAUGCUAAGUAUACCAUGCAA